UAGAUUUUGGAACUGAGCUGAACGAGCGUCUAUGGCGAACAGGCGGUGCCUCCACGCUCUGAGCCGCCGCUCGUGGGCGCGCUUCUCCAUGAACACCACUCUCCCUUCCCUCCGAACCCUACUUCCGCUUCCCGCCCAACCGAUCAAGCGCAAUGUAUCCCAAUUCAGCCACGGUGUCACCAUGCUGUGCACCCACUGGUCCCACCCUCGGCAUUUCUCGUCCAGCAGGGAAAACGAUGACGUUUCGGAAGACGACGAUGAGGAUGACGACGACGACGACGACGAGGAAAUGAGCGAGAGUGACGACGAAGAGAGCGUUGGGAAUUCCUCGGCGUCGAGUUUGAAGAGAGAGUACACGGCGGAGGAGAGAGAGGCGGAGGCCGCGGCGAUUGGGUACAAGGUGGUGGGCCCGCUCGAGCGUUCCGACCGGGUUUUCAAGCCCUACGAGGCGGUUUUUGCUGUCGUUCAGAUUGGGUCACACCAGUUCAAGGUGAGCAAUGGGGAUUGCAUUUUCACCGAGAGAUUGAAGUUCUGCGAGGUUAAUGAAAAGUUAAUUUUGAACAAGGUUCUCUUGAUUGGCUCCAGUACUCAGACCAUUAUUGGUAGGCCCAUUGUACCAGAAGCAGCUGUUCAUGCAGUUGUUGAAGAGCAUGCAUUAGAUGCAAAGGUAAUUAUUUUUAAGAAAAAGAGAAGGAAGAAUUAUCGCCGCACCAAAGGACAUCGCCAGGAGCUGACUAAAUUAAGGAUAACUGAUAUUCAAGGAAUUGAGAAACCUGAACAGAUAGUCACUGAGAAGCCUACAAAGGCUGCUGAGAAGAAGCCAGAAAAGGUUCCAGUCACUGCAUAAGAGGGAUUUUACAUGGCUAUACAUUGACAAUAAUGCUACAUCAUGCUUAUCACUUCUGAGUUGCCUUCCUGAUACUAUACGAUGAGCAUGAUUCCAUUCCUAAGUUGGAGUAUGUACAUUGGAGCAUGUACAUAUUGGAUUCAUGUCAAACAGAUAAUCAUACCACCAAUCCAAUUGUGUACGUGUUGUAGGGUGCUGGUUGCACACUUUUGUUUUCUUUCUAUUCCUGUAUUCAGUAGUUCGAUUCAUGAAACCUUCUGUAGAAUCAAUCAAUUUUGUUCCCAAGUAGAGAUGAUUCCAAGGUCUUAGAGAAUUACAUAUCCAUUCGAAAGAAUACCCAUUCCUUAUUGAGAGGAAGUAAUGGCGGCACAACCAAAUAACGGAAUAGUUAUUCUAUUCCUGGGUGCGUGUGUACCAAACGUGCCCUAGGAUAGAUUGUGAAUGUGGUUGCAACUAGAUCUUCUUAUAUGUUUCCAGAAUGGCACUUUAUUUGGUUCUUGUACCACAGCAUUCUGAUCACAAGCUUGUAGGUUGUUUUGAUUUUAAUUCUUCUAAAGUCAAACUUGUCAUCCA